GGGAGGUUCCCGGAAAAAUUGCUAACCGGAAGGGAAGGCCGGAGCCCAAGAAGAAGAAGAAGAAGGCAGCUGCUGCCGAUGAGACCAGCGAAGGAAGAAAAAGUAAUCUCCCCACUGGUGAGGCCUCCUCUUCUUCCAGUAAAUCUGCCAACCAACCUAAACUUUCCUACAUCCAGCUUAACUUCAUCAGCUCCCCUAUAGUAAGCCCAAGCCUGAAGUCAGCCAUACACCCUCUUCCCCCAGCUCCUCCUUCUUUUUCCCCAAUUUUCAACACUGCAAUAUGGCAGGGCGAGGUGGACCAGCACGGACCAACGGCACCACAGCAAGCAGCAAGAUCUGCCAGUUUAAGCUAGUGCUGUUGGGAGAGUCGGCAGUGGGCAAGUCCAGUCUGGUGCUGCGCUUUGUCAAAGGCCAGUUCCACGAGUACCAGGAGAGCACCAUCGGAGCUGCCUUCCUCACACAGACAGUAUGUUUGGAUGAUACAACAGUUAAGUUUGAAAUCUGGGACACUGCUGGACAAGAACGGUAUCACAGCUUGGCACCCAUGUACUACAGAGGAGCCCAGGCUGCCAUUGUUGUCUAUGAUAUCACCAACACAGAUACAUUCACACGUGCAAAGAACUGGGUGAAGGAGCUCCAGCGACAAGCCAGCCCGAAUAUUGUAAUUGCAAUUGCAGGAAACAAAGCAGACCUGGCAAACAAGAGAGCUGUAGAUUUCCAGGAAGCACAAGCAUAUGCCGAUGACAACAGUUUGCUCUUCAUGGAAACCUCAGCUAAGACUGCAAUGAAUGUCAAUGAGAUUUUUAUGGCUAUAGCCAAGAAGCUUCCGAAAAACGAGCCUCAUGGUGCAGCAGGCGCGGGCGGACGAGCCAGAGGUGGCGUGGACCUGCAGGAAGCUGCACCACAGGGCAGAAGUGGCCAGUGCUGCGGGGGCAGCAACUAGCACAAUGAAUCGGCUGAUGCAACCAAUCUAAAGCUUCGAUCAACCCGACCAGAAAUUAGCCAGCUGUCAAACGACGUCCCAUUGGUCAAACCAAACCACGGUCAGACCAACCACCCUAUGAGCAACACGGCACCAAUUAACUGUUUGGCAAAUGAAUCCACUGGCCAGUAAACUGCCAGACUCCACUGAUGGUUUAAACUGGCGAACCAAGCAACAGAUCAAGAAAUCAACUUACUCAUAGGGAAUCAUGUUUCAUGCCAAUCCAUGACCUCUCGAUUGAUGAUGGACCCUUGAUGUCAUCUUGGGGGG